AUGACUCCACUGCACAAAGCUUUGCUACAUGGACAAACGAACACUGUUCGACAUCUGCUGGCGAAAUAUCCACAAUGUGUGAAUGCGACGGAUCACAAAGCCGAGUUUAUUAUCAAUUGUCCAAAAUGUGAAAUUUGUAACAAAGUAGGCUUGAGUAAAAAGGUUUGUCGUGGUCUUCUCAUAACAGUAUGUUUGCUAAUUUGUAAUUUCCCUGCUGGAUAUACUGUUUAUCCCCUAAAUGAUGUUCAAAACUCAGAAAUUAUGCAUUAA